GGCCGGCGACGCUAUGGCGUUCUGCAGCUUCUUUGGGGGCGAGGUCUUCCAGAACCACUUUGAGCCAGGCAUAUACGUGUGCACCAAGUGUGGCUACGAGCUCUUCUCCAGCCGCUCCAAGUACGCUCACUCGUCCCCGUGGCCUGCGUUCACCGAGACCAUUCAUGCCGACAGCGUGACCAAGUGUCCCGAGGACAACCGGCCUGGAGCUCUCAAGGUGUCCUGUGGCAAGUGUGGCCACCGGCUCGGCCAUGAGUUCCUCAAUGAUGGCCCGAAGCCAGGGCAGUCACGCUUCUGAAUCUUCAGCAACACACUCAAGUUUGUCCCUAAAGGUGGGGACACUCUUGCUUCCCAAGAACAGUAGGCGGUUGCCACGCCCCCUUCUGUGUCCAUGCUUGGCUCCCCGGCCAGGAGGAUCACCUUGGAAAGGUGGCUUGUCUGCCUGGCUGGGCCCGGGGUGUGCACAGCUGUCUCAGGCCCCUCCUGGACCUGCCCAGAGGGGUCCACUCCCCUCACCGCCACUGCCCCUGCCCUCGUCACUGCAUGAUCUGCUCUGGCCAAACGCUUCUAGGCCAGCCAGAGUGGUGAUGUCUGUGACCUGUUGGGAGCAGCCCUCAGACCCUCCGUCUUGCAUCAGGCGUGCAGGCUCCGUGAGCACUCGGUGAAGCAGCUGAGACUCUGUGGCCAGACCUGCACAGCUCCUGCCCACACACCUGUCCCUCCCCAGCACCCAGCCAUACGCUCGCGAGCCCUCGCUGGCCAGGGUGCGUGUGUGUCCGUGUGUGGAAAGAGUAAAGCAGAAGC